AUGAAACCGAUUGGCGAAUACCCAUCUCCCGCGGAGUACAAAAGCGCUGGCUUGAAACCGCCUCCUAAAAAUGCCCGCAAUCUCACUAAAUUGGUGCCGGGCACUGAUGAAGACGAUGAAGGCUUCAUGACCGGCACCCCUACAACACCAACCGCGGAGGAGGGGAUCCUUUCAGGCAUCGCAUGUUUUGAUAAGCAUCGCGAUCAAUACAUUGGGGAUGCGAAUCUAGCAGCACUGGAUGUUUCUAUCAAGAAGAUCGCUAAGAGGCGUUUGGUGCCUGGUGGAAUGAAUGGAGCGAAUGGAAAUACGACCAGUCGUGACUACCUGGAUGAAGGACCAAAUGAUGAUGAUGUGAAUGAGGAUAUCAAUACAAAAGCUACUGCAUACAAAACCAAUCCUGCAACCCCUGUUUCUGAGAUCGCCGAUGUUCAUCUUCGUCCACCUUCAACUACACCGGCAUCCCUUUCUCCAGCAGAAAUCCCCCUACAGACACCCGCUGAUGAGGAUCCGACCAAUUCCAUCCUGGCUAUCUCUGACUAUGAGGCAUCCUUACAGUCUCCUCCAGCUACGGCUGUAACCGAUGCCGAUAUGGCUUCUUGGCCCAACAGGCCUACUGCCCCUAAGUUGUUGAAGCUGCUAGAUGGAAUCCCACAGCCAGUAUCGGAGGUCUAUGAUGUUCCUGAACUUAAGAAAGUUUUGGAGGCUGCCGUAUCCUACUCUAAAGACAUGGGGGAUGACAAGGCUGCCUUGAGCCUUGUAUACUUCUGGUCUGGAGUGAAAAAAGAUGAGUUCAAGUUAGCUUUAAUUCAUAAUAUGGGCCGCCAAGCUACAGAUCACCAACUUGCACUUGCGUUAAAUACGUUCCUUCGUCACUCUAUGACGGAAGCAUGUGAAUGGUACGAAAAUUACGGGGCAAAGCUCGGCGCGCAGCUCGGCGGCGCAAACCUUCAAGCUCCCGUGGUGACAAGUCCUGGCGCAAACAUUCAAGCUCCCGUGUUGACAAGUCCUGGCGCAACCCUUCAAGUUCCAGACGUUACGAGUUCUGGUCCUGGCCCAACACGUCCCGACGCAAAACGUUUCAGCAACUACGAAUUUGACGAUAGUACCACCUUUUCUUCCACCGCCUCUCUUACAUCUCAAAUUAACAAACCUUCUUCCUUCAAAGUCUCUGAUAUCUACCGCGACACCAGCGGCCCCAAACUCGAAGAAUUAUUUGUCAGUGGCAAGACUAACACUGCGCCCUACAAACGCCCCAAGAAGCCUGUUCGUGUGAACGAAAACUCAUUCAAGCGCCGAUACGAGUGGGAUUCAGACCCAACCAUGGGUUAUGAGCUGCGUAAGAAGCGCGCCCGCUUCGCCAAAGAAACCAACGUGGAUGAGGUUCCUGUGCAACCCAGCUCCGUCCGCCCUGAGCUUCCAAAGCCAGUGACUCAGGCCGACAAGCCCGUUGAAUCCCCCGUUGGUGACGCUUCUGGAACCAGCAUGUCCCCACGCUCCAAGCGUGCCGAAGAACGCCAGAAGAAGCAGGUUCUCGACAAAGCCACACCCACGGCGGCUAAGAAGAGAAAGCGGGCUUCCGAGACCCCUUCUCUCUCACUCCGUGCUCAACCACAACCUAUCGCAAGGACUAGACCUCAACAGCCAAUCCAUCCUGGCGACGUUGAUGCUUGGUACAAAGGCUGGGAAAUCCGGCAGCUACCCGACACACUUAAGAACAACGGGGAAAACAUUGAUAAUUGUUCUUUAUGCGGUGGAGGCGGCAAGUUACUGUGCUGUGACACCUGCGAAAAUGCCUUCCACUUCAAGUGUGUGAAGUUUAGCAACAAGGAGCUCACGGACGAUGAGUGGUUUUGCCCGGACUGCGAUGUUCGACAUGAAUUCACCUUUACCAUCCAAGGAGGUAGAAAGUUGGAAAAGGAGGUUGACUUUUCUCCUCCAAGUGAGAUCAAGAACUAUUUCGAAGGUGUUGGCGAGGACACCCAUUAUGAUCCUAGUGAUCCGGACGAAAUGACCACUUCCUACCAACCCAUUCCCCACAUUCCACGUCUGACUAAGCGACCCAGGCGCAAAAUCCAAACACCGUUCUACGAUGACCCCAACUUGAACAAGGUAUUUGAAAACGGGCAGGUGAUUCGUUGCACCAAAUGUGGCAAAACGACGGAACAUGUGCGCCCCAUAAUCAGAUGCGACUACUGUCCCUGCCGAUUCCAUUUGGAUUGUCUUGAUCCUCCCAUGGCUUCGCCCCCUAAUCCGAUGGAGCCUCAUGGGUGGAUGUGUCCCAACCACGUCACACCCGAGGACAUGAUCGCCAAGAAGACCAUCAACGGCGAAGUUCAAGAGCGCCGUGUCCGUCGUCCCCGGAACUUGAUCCUGACGGAUGCUGAGCCAGCAACCAAUUAUGAUCGAGAUUCCACCUUUGACGAUGACUGGCGAGCUGAACGCCUUCGCCUUCCCCCUGGUGAUAUUAUCAUGGAGUUCAUUUCCGCCGUCAAAGAAGAACGAGAGCUACGUCAAACCAGUCUUGUAAACCGUCUGUCCCAGAGCUUAGCAAACGUUGCUGCCCUUGCCGUCAAAGACUUGGCGACUAGAAAUGGUGCCCCUGUUGAUCGGGAUUGGUAUAACUACGUCGAAUCUCUUUGCCAGUCCGAGGCUCGUCGUGUGCAAGCUGGCACUCGUGCUGAUGAAGAAGUUAUCGCUGCGGAUAGUCUGCUCGAUCUAGCCUCUCAUGCUUCGCAAGAACGACCUGUUCCCCAAUUCGGAGAACAAUUCGCCCCCCACUACGCCUUCCCUGGAUCCCUUCACGCUGAGCAGCCAGCCAAAGAAGCAGAGCCGGGUGAUGAAGGAAAGCUGGCCGAAGAAGUAAAGCUGGCCGAGGAAGCAAAGCUGGCCGAGGAAGCAAAGCUGGCCGAGGAAGCAAAGCUGGCCGAGGAAGCAAAGCUGGCCGAGGAAGCAAAGCUGGCCGAAGAGCCAAAGACACCUUUCAAACCCCAGCCCAUGUGUCCUCCUAACGAGGACUUAGUCAAGGAUUUCGAUUUCACCCUUGACUAG